AUAAUAUAUUACGUAUACAACAAAUCUUUUAUAUAUCCCAUUCGCUUAUAUACCCUUGGAACUGUUGUCACACGACAUUAAUUUUUUAAGAUACAUUUAUAAUAGACACAUUAUACAUCCUAUAGCAUGUCUUCGCUAAGUCCAAGCUUAAAGUCUUUUAUAGCAUCAGGGCCAAAAUUAAAAUCAAAAAUUUUUCCCUUAAAGGGUAAACAAAAGCUUGUAUUCUUUUUAGGUUUAGCUUGUUGGAUUUUAUGUUUAAACCUUUGGAUACUUACACACUAUGAUAAUUCCCUUGAUUAUUUCGUUAAUUUUGAAUCAGAUGAUGAUUCAGUAUCUAUUGAUUAUGAUGAAGAUGAACCAGAAAAUAAUUGGACAUUUGAGUCAGAAUCCUCAAAUAAUAAAGAAUAUAAACCAGUAAACACUUCAAUCCUUAAUGAUGUGUUAAUUCAAGCUUUACAAAGACAAUUAGAUAUUUAUGAUGAAAGAAAUAUCGAACCAAUCUUUUCCACUAAUUAUGAGACUAUUGCCAAUAAUCAUGAUCAAAAGAUCCUUUCACUCUUUGCCAAUUUGAAUUUUAAUGAACGUUGUGAUUUAUAUUUUGAAAAUUUGUAUCUGGUCGAUCAUAAUUGGUCCCUUAAUCCCAAUGAAGAUCUUCCAUUGCAAGAUAGAUGGCAAUUUAGAUUUAACGGUUGGAGAAAGGAACAUUUCGAAGAGUUAAAGAAGAAAUUUAUUGAAGAGAAAAAGAUGAAAUCUGAAGAAUUUGAAGAAACUCAACAAUUUAGUGAAUUUGUACAAGAAAAUUAUAAAAAGUUUUGGAGUCAUAUGUUAAAAACUGAACAAAAGCUUCAGGAUUAUUUGACCCAUUUGAGAAUCUUCAAUAAAUGUUAUAUUACCAAUGAUACUCCAGAAUCAAUUAAAACUCAAAGUGACUUUAUAGCGUUACAAAAGGAGUUAGUCAAAAAUGAUUUAAAAAUUGAUAAGAAUUUUGAAAAAAUUCCAAAGUUUGUUAAAUCAAAAGGUGAACAAUCGGUAAGACUGAGCUCUUUCCAUGAUUGUUCUGAUAUAGAACAAAGAGUUUAUCCUUGGUUAUCCUUUCAUUAUCCAAUUUAUGAACGUUGGAAUGGUGAAGUCUUGAUGUCUCCUCCAAUUUUAAAUGAAAAGUCUGCUUUAUCCAAAAAUAUAAAAGCAGCUCCUGCUAAUAAGUCUCCUUAUUCUCCAAUAAAGUCUAAAUUCACUAAUAAUCAACCAUGUUUCCUUAAUCGUUUUAAAAAUACUGCCAAUGGUAGAGGUUUGGUAUUAACCAUUCAUGACGGUCACGCCGAGGAUACUGUCAAUCUUAUUAGAUUAUUAAGGGCUCUCAAUAAUAGAUUACCAAUCCAAAUUGUCUAUUUCAAUUCUAUUUCAGCUGAAACCAAAAAAAAAAUAGUAAAGGCUGCCCGUGAAAAAUUCUUUGAUUUACCAAAAUCUUUCGAAUCAGUAGCUCAUUUAUUCCCAGAUGAUUAUCUUCAUCCUAAAGAUGGAGGAUUACCAAAACAAGAAAUAUGGUUUGUUAACGUUAAUAAUGUUAUUCAUGACAAUUACCGUAAUAAAUUUAGAGGCUGGGGUAAUAAAUUUUUAGCUACCAUAUUCAACUCCUUUGAAGAAUUCAUGUUAAUUGAUUCUGAUACGGCAUUAGUUAAGCCACCAUCAUUUUUCUUUGAUUUACCAGGUUAUAAAGAAACAGGUACCUAUUUCUAUAAGGAUAGAACCACUAAUGACUUUAGACCAGAUUCAGAUGUAAUCUUUUUUAAGAAGAUUGCUCCUUCAGUAAUGGAUUCUUUAAUGUUUAAUAUCCCUCAAGUUACUUCGUUCACACUUAAUAAUCAUGUUUUUUCCGGAUUGAAACAUCAAAUGGAAGCCGGAUUGGUUAUUAUCAAUCGUUCUAAGCAUAUGGGAUCAAUGUUAAUGAUGCCUCAAUUACAUUUUGCUGAGCCUGUUAGACUAAGAUCACAUGGUGAUAAAGAAUUAUUCUGGUUAGCUUUCUCUGUUAAUGGAGAUGAAAAUUACUUCUAUAAUGAUAACAAUGCUGCAGCCAUUGGAAUAAUUGACAGUACAAGAAGCAAACCAGAUGGUACUGAAUACGAAUCUACCGAGAUUUGUUCACCUCACCCUGGUCAUGUGAAUGGUUAUGAUGAUACUUUAGAUUGGUUUAAUUCAGGAUUCCAUUUCUGUGGAAGAUAUAAGGCUGUAGACUAUCCUCAAGAUUUUAAAGAUAGAAUGGAAACUCUCUCAUAUAUUCAAUCUGUAGAUGAGAUGAGGGCUUUCUAUUACAAUGCUUUACAGAUCGAGUAUGCUGCUAUUCCACCAUACACCAACCGUAAUGAAAUGGAAUUACCUAAUGAUUUUGGUGAACCAAUAAAAGGUUGGGUCAAACAUCAAGAAAUCUGUCAUGGGUAUCAGUAUUGUGCUUUUGAUUCCAUAGGUGGAGGUGAUAAUAUACAUAAAGGUAAAUUAAUCAAGUUUGAUGAUACUUCAAGAUUACUAUUCCAAUAUUAUGGUGAUAUUUGGGUUGGUAAUGAGUAAUCCAUUAAAUUCCGUUAAAUUUCACAGUAACUUUCAUCACCAGCAUUAACUUAUUUGAUUUAGUGCACUGUUUUCUUUUAUAUUUAAUUUUAUAGAUCUUAUACUAUCCAAUAAACACAGCUAGUUAAAAAA